AUGGCUGACUCACCCAACAGGUCCAAUGCUGGAUCUCCAGAUACAGAUGCUUCAGGCAAAAAAUCACGGCAAGCUAUUUCUGGACAAUCAGGACGGGUAACCUUUCCUAACUCAGCAAAAUCUGGAUCAAGUCGUUCCAUAAUGUCAGUGGAUGACCCAGGCACACAAGGGAACCCAUUCAAGAUGGCCCCAGAUAGUGACAUCUUUGUUUUGCGAGACAAGGAGCGACAAAGAAAAAAGCAGGAAAGACUACGACAAAGAGGAUUACAUGUGCAUGAGAAAACAACGUAUUCAUCAAAAGUGAACUUCCGCACAGCUUCCAUGAUCCGACCAGCUGACUCAGAUGAGGAAAAAGAUGGUGAAGAUGGUGACAAAACUGUGUCCGUUAAAGAUGACCCACAAUACACAAUCAGAGUGACCAGAGAUCGCCAUGUAGAAAAGGAGUCCCUGGCAGAGUAUAUUGCUAAGAAAAGGGAAAUGUUUCUUGUACAGUACUCACUGGGUGUAAAGCGUGAUGAGAUGAAGAAGCUUGAAGAGAUGGCACAAAAGGAGGAAAAGAAACUAGAGCUGGCAGAACAGUACCUAGAAGAAGAUGCUGCCAUGUUUGAUGAAUUUCUCAAAGAAAAUGAUGCCAACUCGGCAGAAGCAGUGAGAGAAGCAGAGAAUGAAACAAAAGCAAAACUGGAAAAAGUAGCAGAGGUCAAGAAAAUUAACACACAGAUGAUGACCAUAAAAUCUGAAAUUUCCAAAAAUGAAGAUACGUUGAAGGAAUAUCAACUUUACAGGAAGUUUCUGGACAGCCUUACACCUCAGGAAAUAAGAGAAGAGAGAGAUCUCAAGAGACAGAAGAGAAGAGAGGAAAAACAACGAGAAUAUGAGAAGAAUAUGCAGGCUAUGAAGAAAAGUGGCGCAGCCUUAGCAAGUGACAAAGGGAAGAAGAAGGUACCAUCAAAAACAGAUGGUGUACCAAAAACAGGAUCAGCUAUCAAAAAAUCAGACCAGGAUAGUGUGAUAUCAGCGAUGAUAGAAUCGGAUGAUGAUAGUGAUGAAGAAUUGGAUUUGUACUUCAAUGACCCCCACCAAUUAUUAGAUAUAUUUGCUGAAUUAGAGGAGCAGAAUCUAUCAUUAAUUCAAAAUAGUCAAGAAACAGAAGAAGCAUUAGAAGAAAUGAAACAAACCAUAAAACAAACCAAAAUUAAAAUGGAGAAAGAAACGCAAAUAUUAAAAGAUCAAAUAGACAAAUUAAACUCACAGAUAGAUAAAGAAGCAGUACGAGCUGAGGAUUUAAAAAUCAAAGCCAAAAUGUUUUCAUAUGGUGAGUUUAAGGCUGAGGACCAGGAGAAGAUGCUACAGGCUCUGAACAAGAAGGUGGAAGAAGUAUACAGGAGUUGUAUUGGUGACAAUGAGGCAAACAUUAGUACAUUACAGAUGCUUACCAACAUAGAAAAUCGACUCGAGGAAUUGUUUGAACAAAUUGAAACAAUGCCUCAGGACAAAGUGGAGGCAGCAGAAAAGGCUAAGGAGAAGGAGAGGCGACUGAAGCUGAGAGAGGAGAAAAUGGAACAACAAAGACUUCACCAGGAGGAACGUGUCCGGAAAGCACUGGAGAGAGCCAAGGCAGAACCAAAGAAACAGACUGGAAGGAAGCUUGUGUUCAGAUCAGAACCACCAAGACACAAAAAGAAAGAGGACGAAAGAGAUGACCAGGCAUCGAGAGAGGAGGAAGAGCUAGCAUAUUUCUUCCAAUAUUGA